AUCUCAAUUCACAACGCAUCUCCAAUCUCCAAGCGGCAAGCGCAGACGCCGGAGGAAGAAAGCUUGAAGCAGCCACGGCAAUGGCGUCCCGGCAGUUCUUCACCUACGACCCCUACGAGUUCGCGUACGACCAGUACUACAACCUUUACGAGCCUUACUACCUGCGGCAGUCCGCGCCCACCCGUCGAGCUAGAGACAUCUUUGCGGGUGCCGAGCCGGCGGCCGCGAAAGCGAGAUCCACGCCCAGGGCAACGGAGUCGGAGACGCAGACGUCGUUCUCAAUCCCAGUCAACGGGCCUGACUCGCCGGAUAGGGCUCCCUCUCUGGUGGUGGAAGCUCGCACGGGACCGAUGGCGCCGGCGAUGUCGGCGGAGGACGCCGCGGCACGGAUGCAGGCGGCGGCGCGCGGGUUCCUCGCGAGGAAGUCGGUGCUGGCGGUACGCCAGGUGGAUCAAGAGGCGGCGCAAGUCGCGGGAAAGAUGGCGUGCGAGGCGGAGACCCUGCUAGCGGACCCCAGGGCGCGCGUCGCCGUCUGGGAGGCGCUCAUGAGGAUGCUGCUGCGUCUCGACGCGGUGCGCGGAGCGCGGGACUACCGGCGGAGGGUCACCAAGCGGGUCGUCGCGCUGCAGGACGCCGUCGACGCGCUCGUCGCUAAGCCGGCACCGGCAACCGUCGAGAUGGCGGAGGAGAUCGCCAUAGCGCCGGAGCUGCCAGACGCUGAAGAUGAAAAGGAAGACGAAGAGGCAGAGACACACGAGGCGGCGGCCGUCGAGAUAGCAGAGGAGAGCAAUACCAAUGUUGGUGUCGACGAGCCUGAGGGUUCGGAGAUAUUGGCUGAAGAAAACGAACACACCUCACCGGCCCUGACUGCAGUUGCUGGCGCCGCCUCCGACGUUGUGGACGCGAGGAAGUUGAUGCAGAUGGUGGCGACGCUGUGCGAGCAGAGCGCGCAGCAGUGCGCGUUGAUCGAAGCGCUGGCCGAGCGUGUGGACAUGCUGGAGCGUACCCUGCGGCGGAUGCAAGACGCCGACAGCGCCGGCGGCCGGCCAACAAGCUGAGCACGGAGGGCAACUGAAGGAGCAACAGCAAGCUUUACAGCGGUUGACGACGAAAUCUAUUAAUAGAGAUUUAAAUAGUUAUGUAUUUUUCCAUUGCUUUUAAUCUCGAGAUUUAUUAUUACAGACACUAGAUUAUUUAUAUUCAUUAUUUUAUAAUAAAGUUCCUCGUAUUUCUUGUUA